GUGGAUCGCGAGAUAAUCGUGUAACUUCUAUAGAUUUUAAAUUUUUCAAAAUGGAGUUCACACCUGUUACUGCCAACAACAACAAUAUUAAUAACGAAAGCAAAAAUACUUUUCAAUUUCUUGCUUCUAGUCCUCCAAAGCAAACUAAAACACAUCCACCACCCUCGACUGUUAUUCAUAAAGCUAAUUAUAAACAUAACCCUUUAAAGUCACCAGUAGAAUUACGACAAAAACGUAUAGAACUUGACGUACAACUUCGUAGGAAACAUCAACCAGAAUUUGAUUUGAGUCCAAAAGAUAUUGAAAAAUUGAAAUCAGGUUUAAAUGGAAUAAGUCGUAAUAUUCGUCUCUCUAACCUUAAGCAAUUAAGCAAAUAUCUUGUGGAUCCUUCAGAAAAUUUAAAAGGUUUUGUUAUUAAAGGAAAAUGUAUUGAAAUGUUGACAAGAUUUUUAUCAGGAAUAGAUCCAGAAGAACAAUUACAAGCUACUUGGUGCGUCACAAAUAUUGCUGCUGGAAAUAAAGAAUUUGUUCAAAAAGCAUUAACAACAGUUCCGUAUUUGAUUUCUUUUCUUGAUGGUGAAAAUAUAUCUCUUAAAGAUCAGGCAACAUGGGCAAUUGGUAAUAUUGCCAUUGAAAAUCCUGAAUCAUGUUUUGCACUUUCCAAUCUUGCACGAGGCCCUGAUCCUAAAUUGGAUGAAUUUUUUUCAGCAGGAAUAUCAAAAUUACUUUUACAGCAUCUUGCAACUGAAGAGAUGAGCGAAGUACUUUCAGAGGUUAAACAUUUGAGACCUUUAUUGAAUCAAGGACCACUGGCAUUGCCAUUGAUAAGAACAUUUGGUAAUAUAGCUAGUGGUCCAGAUGAACAUGCAGUCAAUUUAAUUCAACAAACCGAUUUUUUACCAAUGCUGUUGGAAUAUAUUCAAAGUAAUUGCAGAUCGAUAAAAAAAGAAAGUUUAUGGGUUCUUUCAAAUAUCACAGCAGUUAAUCAACCUGAAAUUAUGGUUAAAAUAGUAAACUCUGGGUUUAUUCCAAUUUUGUCAAAUAUUGCAAAGAAUGGAAAUUUUGAUAUUCGUAAAGAGGCAGCUUAUUGUUUAUUGAAUAUAGCAUCACACGGAGAAAAUUUUUUGAAUUUAAUGUCACAUAAAGAAUUGUUACCAGGGUUUUUGGAAUUUUUAUCAUCUCAAGAUGUUGAUUUAAUUUUUUUAGGAUUACAAUAUGUUGGAUUACUUUUGGCCAAAGUCUUAGAUGGAAAAAAACUUAUUAAUCAAAUUCACGGAAUAGAUGCAUUAGAAAGUGUUACUAUGUCAGAGGAUCAAAAUUUACGUAAAUUAGCUAAUUAG